AUGAACGACGGCCUUCAAAGAGAUGAUCAGCUUGACAGCAGCGUCUCCAUAAAACCAGAAAAAACGCCCUUUGUCGUUGGCCCUGGCAUUGUCAUCAAAGGCAAUGUCGUGUCAGAGCUUGAUGACCCCGAUGUUCGGAUGCUCGUACUCGGGCGAAUUGAAGGUGACAUUUCGACCAAAGGCAUUGUGCAGAUCGCCAAGGGUGCCGUCGUCGCAGGAAACUCCCUGAUCCAGGCAGGCUCAAUCAUUGUCUCGGGCAGCAUUUGUGGUGACGACGUCACCGUACGGGCCCAGUUGCUGGUUCUUCAGAGCACUGGCCGGGUGACUGUCGGUAGCGUACGUCUGCCGCCAGGCGGCUUGGAACAACAAAGGGGUAGUGUUCUCGAAGCACGUCUUCACAUGUCUGAAGCUACAUUCUCGCCAAGUGAUGUUCUCACAGAACAGAAAAUACACGUCGUGGGCGAUACACCAGUUCAUGAGAACCAUGCCGGCGCCAAUGGCCAUGAACCCGUCAUCGAUGCGACCGCGCAUUUGACUUCAACCGCUAUUGCAGGCUGA